AUGGCUACAACCUCUGUCAAGCUCCAGCCUGUAGGUUCGGAUAUGAUCAGGAAUACUGAACGACAGCAACAAGUAUCGGAUAACAGGUCUGAGCCCCAAACUCCGAUCAACGAAUUUUCUUCGCUCCCGCCAGUGGACACAGGCAAGGAGGCAUGGCUCUUCCUGGCUGCCUGCUGGGGCGUUGAAGCCGUCACAUUCGGCUUUGGCUUCUCUUUUGGUGUUUUCCAAGACUACUACACAUCUCAUGAGCCAUUCGCUGGUUCGGGUAGCACAGCAGCUAUCGGUACCACGACGACUGGAAUUCUGUACCUGGGCGCCCCAUUCGUGGUCACAGUCUGCAAGAUGUACCCUCGACAGGCUCGCUGGUUCACGCUCGUUGGUCUCUUCAUCGCUUCCCUAGGCCUCGCCAUGAGCUCCUUCUGCACAAGCGUGCCUCAACUCAUCAUCACACAAGGAGUAGUUUUUGGCUUCGGAGGUUGCAUCUCCUAUUGUCCUUGCACCUUGUAUAUCGAUGAGUGGUUUGUCCGACGCAAAGGUCUUGCAUACGGUAUCGUCUGGAGUGCCGCUGGUUUCGGUGGUGCGGUCCUUCCACUCGUCCUCGAAGCACUCCUUCAAAACGUUGGAUUCGCCAAAACCACCCAAAUCUGCGCAGGUAUGCUGUUCGCAAUUUCGGCUCCGCUGUCAUUCUGGGUGAAGCCUCGACUGCCUUAUUCAGCGAGUGUGCAGAAGAAGCCACUGAACAUGGGUUUCGCUACGACAAAGGUAUUUAUCCUGUAUCAACUGGCCAACAUUGUCGAAGCAACGGGCUACUUUUUACCUGCCAUUUACCUACCGACAUACGCUCGCACGACCCUCGGUGUAUCCAAUUUCCUAGGUGCACUGUCCACAAUCCUCGUCAACAUUUCCGCAACUGUCGGCCUCGUACUCAUGGGUCACUUCAGUGACAAACUGCACGUCACAACCUGCAUGCUUAUCUCCGCCGGCGGUGUUGCGACAUCAGUCCUCACGAUCUGGGGUCUCGCCUCCAAUUUAGCGACUCUGUAUGUGUUCUGCAUUUUCUACGGUUUAUUUGCAGGAUGCUGGCCAGCGAUCUGGCCGGGUAUCAUGAAAGAGAUUGCCAAGCGGGAAGGCGGUGAGACAGGUGGCGCUGCAAAUCCGAUGGUCCUUACGCACUUGUGCUUUGGCAAAGGCAUUGGGAACGUCGUAUCUGGGCCGCUUAGCGAUGCGCUUAUCAAGGGGAGACCCUGGCAAGGGAAGGUCAUGGGCGGGUAUGGCAGCGGCUUUGGUGUUUUGAUCGUGUAUACGGGGGUGACAGGGUUGCUGAGCGGCGCGAACUAUCUACUGCAGCAUCUGCAGCUGCUUUAG